UCUGUCUGUGCAGCCGCUAUCACACGCACCCAAUCAGCGGGGAGGGCGGGGAGAAAAGCGGUGCCUUUUGUUAGUUCUACCGGCAAGAGAAAGAGGGAGUAUCACAAGAAACAGUCAGGUAAAAGCCCCAAAGAGAUCCUUGACGUCACUCCCGGUGGCACUGUUGCUUGCGUGACGUCAGGGAUACAUGCAGCGCUGGCUUUCCGAUCAGAGUUGUUGAAACUGCUCAGCUGAUGUAUCGUAGAAGAAGUCGGCAAGGACGUGACGUCACACGACGAGGAGCUGCCGUGACGUAAUAAAACAGCGAAGCUCUCAAGCACAGGUGUAUUCUGAUCGCUGUAACACGUGGCAGACUGACUGAAGCGGCUGAAGAUGGGGCGUGUGUUUGUGCUCGCUCGUCUCCUCUGCCUUCUCCUCGCUACUUGGGUCACAGCAGGAGAAACUCAUAACACCGAAACAGUAACCAUACAACCACCUGAGAUAAUGACAAUAAGCCCUGUAAUUCUUGGUUCUGUGCCCACUUCCAUGGAUCAUUUCAAGACUGUCCAUGAUGAAACAUGGAGACCCAGCCUAUCACAGAAUAUGGAUACCACUGUCCAACCUCACAGCCAUGAAAGCAUCACAGUGACAGACCAGCAUGUAUCAUUGGCUGAUAUCCUAUUUACAAACAAAAUGCCAGAAACUGAUAAUUCAGCAGCCACUGGAACUAUUUCUAAAGGUUCCACAGUACAUGCCAAUCCUGCCUCUACUCCCAGCACGACACUCUUUGAACAAGACCAUAUGGAGAGAGAAGUAACCAGUGCAUAUCCUACCCAGCCUGAGCUGGUAAGCCAGUCAACAGUGACGGCAAGUACACUGGAAAUAACAGAUGCUGAAGACAGCCUUACCACAAGAAAAUCUCUAACCAGUACUCGGAGGCUACCAGCAAUCAUGUCGCAGGGCAGCACUGCACACUCCACAGACACUCCACGUGCUCCUGAUACAACAACUGCUUCAUUAACCAGCUGGAUGGCAGCUAUCACCACCAGCAUCUCCAUAUCAACAACCUUAAAUUCAAGUAACCCAGCCAGAACAAGCUCCUUGCCCACUCAUACUACUAUAGCAGAGGUACAGACUGGACCUGUAGUGCUGAAUGUCGGAGAUGGUGGAAAAGACGUACCAAGUUACUACUCGAAGAACAACUCAAACCCCCUUUUUGUGAUGAUUGUGUCCAUAUUUACAGUCAUGGUUGUCACAGUUGCAGUCAUGGUUGGCUUUCAGCGUUAUAGGCGUAACCACAGACAGACAGAAUUCCGACGCCUUCAGGACCUUCCAAUGGAUGACAUGAUGGAAGAUACUCCACUGUCCCUGUACAGCUACUAGUGAAGAGUCCGUAACCACAAGGAGCUUCAUUUGCACAUGGUUUUUGUUGCAUCCACAGGGGAAUCCUGGGACAAAAAGUAUUGGAUUGCCAUCAAUUAACUGUUCCCCCACCUUCCUGUUUUGUUCCCACUGCACCUUCAGCUGUGCAAGGUACUUUGACAUGGCAUCAUGAUACUAUGACCAGAUGAAAUAUAUUGGGGAGUUUCACUCAUUAAAUCAGAAAUGUGCUAUUAACAGUUCAGUUCACUUUGAUAAUGUGAAUAAUAUUAAUGUGUGCUAAUCUUUCAGCAGUUUUUCUAUCAGUAGGAACUAGAUGACCUUAUAUACAUACAACACACGUAAGUAAUCUGUCUGUAUUAGAAUCACUCAGGGCUAGAAUUUAUAUAUGGUGCCCUGCUAUAUAAAGAGGCCCAGGAGUUAUAGCAAAGCAGCCAUUAGAGGGUUAAAGACUGUCUCAUGAUUGUAUUUGACACAAUUUUAUAAGUAGAAAAAGCCCUGAAAUUACACAACAGCACUGGGUAGAAAUGGUACAUUGAUGUUUUACCAUAAAUUAUGCUAAGAACGCAUUACUGUUCUAAAGCAACUUUCCAAAAUAUAUAUAUCUUCAUUUUUCAGAGGAACAGCAGGCUAAACCUCCGCCUUACCCAAUGUGUAGCAAUAUCCUAUGGUAAAUGGGGCAUUUUCCCUGCUAGGAUGUUUCUACUAUCAGGGAAGCACCUGAAACAACCUCUACCAUUCACUUCUAUAGGAUACAUCUGGUGACAAGUAUAAAUAGUAUUUAAAGUGUGCAUGUGUGAUUAUAAUGUAUUAUUCUGUGGCACGCAAUGGUCCCAUCGUUUCUAGAUGACCCAUCUGAAAGAAUGGCAAGUAGCAAAGAAUAAGCUUAUUAGAUGCAGUGGUCAAAGCAUACAGCACAGGACAUGCUUCAUCAGCACCAUGAGUUUCUCAGGGGUACAUAAAUACAAGACGUCGUAACGUAGUUAUAUGAUACUGACAGAGCAGGUUGGGUUAUUUAUGCUUUGACCAUUAUACAUAGUAACAUAGUAACAUAGUAAGUAAGGUUGAAAAAAGACACAUGUCCAUCGAGUUCAACCAUUUUUUUUUUUUUUGUUUAUUAACUACCUAUCUGCCAGUUGAUUAUGGUUCAUAAGCUUUUUUUGUUUUUUUGUUUUUUUUUACUACUAAGUACUAGUAGUUAGUUUAUGCAGUAGUGCCCCACUUGUUUAGAGGUGAAAAUAGCAGCUAUGAACCCCAAGUGUGCUAUAGUUGGUGAAAUUAAAUAUAUCCACAUGGCUGACAAAAGGCAAGGCUGCUUUCACGGUCAAAAAUAUGGUGUGUUUACUGCCACACAUAUUUACCAAAUGUCCGUUUCAAAAACAGGAGUGCAUUUUAUGUUUGAGUGCAUUGGAUGCAAGCUCACUUUGUGCUGUGUCUUAAGUUUGGUCAGUGUUCAAUAUGAAGUAGGCCCUACACUCACUGGUAAUUUAUGCACCAGUGCACUGCAGUAAAUGUGUUUAGAGAUGCUUGGAAAUGCAGUAGCCAGAUAAAAAUAUAUGCUCUUUUGAAAGGCAUGAUGAACAGAGGCUCCAGCCUUCCAAUAGGAGGCAAUUAAAUAUAAUUGCUAUCCAAAAGAAUCAUUUUCUAAGUUAUUCCAUGGAAAAUAAUGCUGUUCCUGAUAGCACUCACCUAUGCAUAUGAGUGAAAUUUCAGACACAAAAGCACUUGGUAUAAAUCACUCACAGGCAUUUCAGAUAUAUCAAGCUGCCCAGCACUGCCUAGGGAAUUUAUAGAACACAACAUCAUAGUAAAAGCAGUAUGUUCUGUUAGAGAUGAGUGAAUUUUUUUUCCUGGCAUAAUGGUGACUAGGAGCAUUUUGAUGGUUUGUGAGAGCUAGAGUAGGAACUUGCUGGAGCUAGUUGUUUAAGAUAGUGCAAGUAGAAGUUGUGGGCAGACUACGGUGGUGUGGAAAUUUAUUAUGUACCAGUCCCAGACUAAUGGGCCCUGAGCAGUGACUGCAGGAGCUCUACCAUAAAGGUGAGAUUUUUGAAGAUUUUUUUUUUUCUCUCCUACGUGUUUAAAAAAAGUUUGAAUAUUGACUAGUGUGAGACUUGGGGUGAACAUUUAUUUGCUACUGUAGCUAUACUGCAAUCAGCCUAGGAAAGCCUUUGAAACACCAACAUUAUAUAAUAUUGAACUGAAUUCAUAAUUUGAAAAAAAGGAACGUACAGUUCAUGUGAUAUAUCAUUUCUACUGAAGGUGUGAAUAUGCAGAACAAAGCUAUCCAGGAUAUGAAAAAUUCAACAUGUUAUAAAGAAAAUAUUUCUAGGGAUGGUAACAGAAAUGUUUCUGAACCUCCAUAUUCUAGAGCGAACCUAAAAAUGCUAAAAAAAAAAAAUGUUCUUUCCCAAAAUUAGAAGAAAAAGCAUCCAAAAUUUUAGCCCCUGUCAAAAACAAAUAAAGUUGCACUGUUCGUUAUUUACUGGGGCGUAAAUAUUUGUCACUCCCGAUAAAAUGCCAUCAGAGGCAUGGUUAUUACUUUGACUCAUGCCAAGAAUGUCCCAAACCCCAGCAAACUUAUCCUUUCCUAUAAACCCCAUUUCUUUUGUGUUAUAAGUAUUUCAAUAAAAAAUAUUAAAUGUA